CAUUUCCGACAAGUGGGCAGUGGGGAUUUAUAAAUGGCCAGUUGGCGCUAAAGCCUGGUGUAUAUUCUCCUUAAAUUUCCAGGCACACUCUUCUUGUAUUCCCAGUGAUAGAGCGCCGAGUUUAAAGGCAUCGCUCUUCCGUCAGGGUGUUGGGAUGACACCCUUAAUCAAUGUUGCAUUUGCAGUUGUGUACUGUGUGGUGUAUGGUGAAGCGGGCCCUCCAGCGCUGAGACUGCAGGCUCCGGGGAGAGAACGGUCCAGAGGCUGCGUCCAAGGAGCAGAGGUCAUGGGAGGAGCAUUCGCAGACCUUCCUCCAUGUCCUCCCUGGGUAGACGACAAAGAAAGGUGCCGCAUCGGGGAUACCAUCCUCAGUCGCAGUCAAUGCCUGGACAUCAUGACGGAGAAAGAAUACCUUGCACUGUCCCGAAGUCGACCGGAGACCAUGUCCCUCCCUCCUUCCCCGCCCCGUCCCGUAAACAUCAUGGUCAGCCCUCCUGGAUGGCCCAGCGGAGGAAGUCCACCAGGGGGAUGGGCCCAGAGCCACCCUCCUAGCCCUCCAGGGUCUCAUUUUGGCCCCCCAGGGAGCAGUUCUGACUCUAUGAUGAAGGACAGCGACAUCCUUGCCCCAGGACACAAGAACAGCCGCUGGUACAGCCGAGGACGCAGCUCAUCCUUAGGCUCCAUGCCCGGGUCAGCCCCGUCGUCCCCGGGGAGGAACGGCCCGAACCAGAUGGUGAGAGCUGUCCAAAGGAGGAACUGGAGAAGGAGGGCUCCAAAGACCUGGACGAGGAGGAGGUCCGGUAACAGGAGAAGUCGCAAACAAAAUCGAGAACAGAGAGGCAGGUCUUCGAGGAGGCGGAGCAGGAAGGCAAGAAAGUACGGAGGGCUAUCGGCACCACCAAGAGCGCAUCAACUCUAAUGUCAAGACAAUGGCAACACAUAUAUAACUUUCAUCCCUUUCAUAGUGUGACUGGUUUAAUGUCAUACCUCUUAGGUUCAUGGUCACGGGUGUGGCAAAAUAUAUGAUAUGGAUAUAUAUUCCGAUUGUUUGAAUUUCUUACGGUGUAUAUUUACGAAAGAACGGUAAUUCCUCUUGUGUCUGUCACUACAGAAUUCACUGCCUGUUGCUGGUAAUUGACAACAGAGCUAGUGCGCCUGAUGAUGGUGUGUGGGAAUGUAUGUAAGAUAUGUAGUAUCACUACACGAAACAUGUGACUGUAUUUAUAGCAAGUCGCGAACUAUGGCCACACGGAUGGUUUUGUUAUAACAAACACAGCGUGAAGCACCGACAGUGGCAUGUCACACCGGGACUCGUUGUUCUACACUAUAUUCUGUUAUAUACCUCUCUUGGAACACAUAGUGUUGGCAAAUCCUAUAACUGUAUACUGUUAUUUUAAUAAAAAUACUUUUGUACAUAGAAAA